CGGCGGUUGUGGAGGCGCCGCCGGCGGGGCCCGUGUGGUGCGAGUGAGCGAGCGAGGGCCGGGCCGGGCCCUUCCGCUGAGCGAGCGAACGCGGCUGCAGGCCCAGACCAGGAUUUUGAGAGCCUGAAACAACCUCAGAAUGUUUAACAAAUCAUUUGGAACGCCUUUUGGUGGCACCACAGGCGGCUUUGGGACGACUUCAACUUUUGGACAGAAUGCUGGCUUUGGCACUACAAGCGGAGGGGCAUUUGGAACAUCGGCUUUUGGAACAAAUAAUAAUACAGGAGGACUCUUUGGGACUGCACAGACCAAACCAGGCGGGUUAUUUGGCUCAAGUACCUUUAGCCAGCCGGCCACAUCUUCCACUAGCACUGGCUUUGGGUUUGGAACAUCAACGGGAACCUCCAGUGGCUUGUUUGGGACAGCGAGCACUGGUGGAGGCCUCUUCUCCUCCCAGAACAAUGCCUUUGCACAAAGUAAACCCGUGGGGUUUGGCAACUUUGGGACAAGUACUAGCAGCGGGGGUCUGUUUGGAACCACUAACACAACCUCCAAUCCGUUCGGAGGCACAUCUGGCUCCCUCUUUGGAUCGACUAGCUUUACCGCUGUUCCAACUGGCACAACUAUUAAAUUUAACGCACCGACUGGCACUGACACAAUGGUGAAGUCUGGCGUCAGCACAAACAUCAGUACCAAGCAUCAGUGCAUUACUGCUAUGAAAGAAUAUGAAAGUAAAUCGCUGGAGGAGCUUCGUCUGGAAGACUAUCAAGCCAAUAGGAAAGGUCCCUCCAAUCCAGUAGGAGCUGGAGCCACUCCAGGGCUGUUUGGACCGUCGACUGCUACCUCCAGUGCAGCCACCGGACUCUUUGGUUCCUCCACCACUAACGCAGGCUUUACGUACGGACAGAAUAAAACAGGUUUUGGAACCACUCUUUCUGUUCCAGGUACAUCAGGCUUUGGAACAGGACAAGGUCUCUUUGGUCAGACGCAGCAAACAACCAGCCUCUUCAACAAGCCUUUUGGCCAGGCCACCACUGCGCAGAACACGGGCUUUUCGUUUGGCAACACCAGCACCCUUGGGCAGCCCAACACAAACACCAUGGGUUUAUUUGGAGCAACACAGCCCUCUCAAACUGGAGGCCUUUUUGGAACCGCUGCCAAUACGAACACUGCUACUGCAUUUGGAACUGGGACAGGUCUCUUUGGACAAGCCAAUACAGGAUUUGGUGUUGGUGCCUCGUCCCUAUUUAGCAACAAACCUGCUGGGUUUGGAACCACGACCACCAGCGCGCCCUCAUUUGGGACAACCACAAGCGGACUUUUUGGUUUUGGGGCAAACGCCGCUGGGACUGGCCUGUUUGGAAACAAGCCCACUGCUGGAACUCUGGGAACUGGACUUGGAACAGGAUUUGGACCAGCCCUUAGUGCGGGACAGACUUCGUUGUUUGGGAGCACCCAGCCUAAACUAGGAGGCACAUUGGGGACAGGAGCAUUUGGCGCUCCUGGGUUUAAUACGUCCACCGCCACCCUGGGCUUUGGAGCUCCCCAACCUGCUGUGGCUUUGACAGAUCCAAAUGCUUCAGCCGCCCAGCAGGCCAUUCUUCAGCAGCACCUCAACAGCUUGACUUACUCCCCCUUUGGGGAUUCCCCUCUCUUCAGAAACCCCAUGUCUGACCCAAAGAAGAAAGAGGAGAGGCUGAAACCAACCAAUCCAGCGGCCCAGAAGGCAUUCACCACGCCCACUCACUACAAGUUGACCCCUCGCCCUGCCACGAGGGUACGGCCGAAAGCUUUGCAGACCACGGGUUCUUCCAAAUCCCACCUCUUUGAUGGCCUAGAUGAUGAUGAGCCGUCCCUGUUAAACGGGGCUUUCAUGCCCAGGAAGAGCAUUAAGAAGUUGGUGCUGAAGAACAUCAACAGCAGCAGUCUGUUCUCUCCUGCCAGCUGUGACGUGAAUGACCUCGCCUCUCCAUCUGAGUAUCCAGAGAAUGGAGAACGGUUCCACUUCCUCUCCAGGUCAGUUGAGGAAAACCACAGGCAGGACGGAGAGCAGCAGGAGGAAGACAGUCACCCUCGCGAAGGGCUGCACUUCUAUGCCAACCCCACUGGCAAGCCCCUCCCUCAGACACCAGAGAGCGCCAUGCGCAAGCAUCAUAACCACAUGGACGACACCAUUCUGGCCCUGAACGUGCGGCCAGCCCUGCGGAAUGGGCUGGAAGGCAGCAGUGAGGAGGCCUCCUACCACGAGGAGUCCCUGCAGGACGACCGCGAGGAGGAGGAAGUGGCGGACAGCAUGCACCAUACACAUCCAGCAGGAAUCGUUUUAGUGCGAGUUGGGUACUACACCAUUCCGUCUAUGGAAGAGCUGGCCAAGAUGACGAGUGACCGAGGAGAGUGCAUCGUGACGGAUUUCACCAUCGGCCGCAAAGGCUAUGGCUCAGUCUACUUUGAAGGUGAAGUCCACUUGACUAACUUAAAUCUGGAUGAGAUCGUGCACAUCCGCAGGAAAGAAGUUAUCGUCUAUCCAGAUGAUGAAAUGAAACCCCCCGUUGGGGAAGGUUUAAAUCGGCGAGCUGAAGUUACUUUGGAUGGCGUUUGGCCGACUGAUAAAACCUCCCGUUGCUUGAUAAAGAGUCCAGAACGGCUGGCAGAAAUGAACUACGAAGGCAGGCUUGAGGCCGUCUCUCGGAAACAGGGUGCCCAGUUCAAGGAGUACCGCCCUGAAACCGGUUCGUGGAUUUUCAAGGUGGCCCACUUCUCAAAGUACGGCUUGCAAGAUUCGGAUGAGGAAGAGGAGGAGGAGCCAUCGAAAGUGGAGGCGAAGAAAUUAAAAACUGCUCAGGUGCCCCCUCCGGGCCGUUUGGUGUCUCAGCAAACUGCUCUAAGCGGGAAACCAGAACCUCCCUCCAAGAGCCCAGAUAUUGAACAGCUGGAGAAGGUUGUGGAAUUCGACAGUGACAUGGCUGACAUCACUCAGGAGCCCGCUCAGGAUUUUGCCGUGGAAGAAAGCCUCACGGAUGAGCAGGAGCCGGUGCCCGCUUCCACCCACAUUGCAUCCUCUCUGGAUAUCAACCCUCACACGUUGCAGAUCAUGAAGGCUUCCUUGCUUGUGGAUGAGGAGGAUUUGGACUUGAUCCUAGAUCACCGCUUUGGUAAGCAAGCUGCACCAAUGGACACGCCCCACGAUAUCUGCUCUCCAAGGCUUCCGAUCUCCUCCUUGAUGCAAGGACAGAAAAGCUGCCUCUCCGUUGGCGGGUUGCUGCAGUCGAGGCUCUCCAGCGGCUCUCUCCUCCUCUCAAGCGCAUCGCUCCAGGACCGGCGCAGUCCAAGGACUUCCUCGCUCGGCAGCGCUCUUCCCGCUCCACCUUGGCCGGCCCUUCCUUCACUGGCGCCCGUGUUCACAGUGCCCAGCCCAGCGCAUGACAUCCCACUGAAAACAGUGGGCGUCCGCCGGCACCCUGAGCUGGUGCCGCUGGAGAAGUCUGUCACGUACGGGAAAGGACGGCUGCUGAAGGACAUGGCCCUCUUCAUGGGGCGCUCCUUCCGCGUCGGCUGGGGACCCCACUGGGUUCUCGUCCACAGCGGAGAGCAGUUGAGCACCUCGAGUGAGCUGGAAGAUCCCCACAGUGAGUCCAUGGAGUUUGGAUUCUUGCCAGCACCGGUGGCUCCAAAACAGCUCUCAGAGUCUCCCUUCAAGGUUCACGUAGAGAAGCUGAGCUUGGAAGGAAAAGCCGCCAACGGGAAUCUGCACUUGUACCUCAUUCCACUCGAGAUCAAGCUGAAGCACAGCACUGUCCACAUGGACGAGCCCUGCCCCUUCCUGACACCCAACCCGGGCGUAGCAGCCAUCCACGAGUACGCUGGAUGGGCUGCAGAGGCAGGUGGAGACCCAGAAGAAAGGGACGCGGUGGUGAAGGACUGGUGUUUGGUGUGGACCUUGUGUGAGGCGCUCUGGGGCCACUUGAAAGAGUUGGAGGCCCGCUUAGAGGAGCCCGGCGAAUACAUCCUCGCCCUGGAGCGCCGGAAGGCCUUCUCCCGCUGGCUGUCGCAGGCAGCUGCUGAGCGCAUCAAGGACGAGGUCUCGCUCAGCCAGAAUGACAACCCCGCGGAGGCUGUCUUCAGCUACCUCACUGGCAAGCAGAUUGGCGAAGCUUGCAGGCUGGCACAACAGUCCGGAGACCACAGGCUGGCUCUGCUGCUCUCCCAGCUGGUAGGGAGCCAGGAGGUCAGGGAGCUCCUUGCCUUGCAGCUCGCGGACUGGCAGCAGCUCCAGGCAGACGCCUUCAUCCAGGAGGAAAGGCUGCGCAUAUUUGCACUACUAGCUGGCAAGCCGGUGUGGCCUUUAUCCGAGAGGCAAAGCGUCAACGUCUGUUCCCAGCUGGACUGGAAGCGUUCCCUUGGCAUCCACCUCUGGUACCUGCUUCCUUCCACGGCGCCCCUUUCCAAGGCCCUCAGCAUGUAUGAAUCUGCGUUCCAGGAUUCCUCGGAGUGCGAUAAGUAUGCCUGUUCUCCGCUGCCUCCGUAUCUAGAAGGCUCAGGCUGCGUAAUUGAGGAAGGCGAUUCACAACACCCGCUGCGGGACGUGUGCUUUCACCUGUUAAAACUGUACAGUGAUAGGUGCUACGACCUGCAUCAGCUGCUUGACCCCCGGAGCAUAACAGCCGACCCCUUGGACCACCGUCUCAGCUGGCACCUGUGGGAAGUGCUGCGGGCCUUGAACUACACCCACCUGUCCGAGCAGUGCCAGGGCGUGCUGAAUGCCAGCUAUGCCGCCCAGCUGGAGAGCGAGGGCUUGUGGGAGUGGGCGGUGUUUGUCCUGCUCCACACGCCCAGUGCACAGAUGCGUGAGAGGGCCGUGCGUGAACUGCUGAGCCGUCACUGCAAACCGUUGGAGACCCCGGAGUCCUGGGAGAAGGAAGCCUUCCUCACGGAGAAGCUGUGUGUGCCACCGGAAUGGAUUCAUGAAGCCAAGGCCACGCGGGCCAGGAUGGAGGGCGACCGGCACAAGGAGGCCCUCCAUUUGUUCAAGGCGGGACACUGGAACCCGUGCCACAGGCUGGUCAUCAGGCACUUGGCUUCAGAUUGCAUCAUUAACGAAAACUACACCUACCUGAAGGGGUUCUUAGAAGACCUGUCUGCCCCAGAGCGCAGCACGCUCAUCCAGGAUUGGGACACGGCCGGGCUGGUUUUCUUGGACUACAUCCAAGUCAUUGAGAAGCUCAGCAAGAUUCAGCAGCUGGAUUGUUCUGGGUACGAGCUGGAGGAGCUGCACACCAAAGUGAUUUCGCUCUGCAGCAGGAUAGAGCUGGUCCAGUGUCGUAAUGCCAGGGACCGAUUGGCUCAGUCUGAAAUGGCGAAGCGCAACGCGGACCUCUUGCGCGCGGUGUUGAGCCUGCAGCACCCUCCGGAGUCGGUUUCCGGCGCCCCCGACGUGCAGAGGGUGCCGCUGCGCCUGCUGGCCCCCCACAUCGGCCGGCUCCCCAUGCCGGAGGACUACGCGCUGGAGGAGCUCCGCGGCCUCACGCAGUCCUACCUGCGGGAACUGACGGUGGCGGCGCAGUGAGGCUGGCCGGCCGCCGCUGAGCCGCUCGCGAGCCCUCCGGCCCUGGCUUUCGGGGCCAAGCCGCUGCCCCCCCAACCCCUCUGCAGCACUCUUCAAGCGAUGCAGGACUGUUUCCUACCAUGCAGGAUGCUGCAUGGCUACUCCCGGAGGGCAGGAGACCACACGGGCGGAGCGUGAAGACUCAGGCCUGGCUUUGGCACGCCCACGCCCGCCCGCCCACCGACAGACGCGUGCUUCGUAAUGUCAAUAAAGCCUCUCCUGCUGCAGAAGCCCUGCUCUUGUCGUCAUCGUCGCCGCCGCCGCCUGACUGGACAGCAGGCAGGGAACAAGGCCCAGGACGGAUCGCCUUCCGGAUCUCAAGCGGUUGACAAAAAGCCAGGGAACGGUCCGCUCGAGUUGGGUUUAGGCAGAGGGUCUGUUUUGGGAGCGAGAGGCUUCGAGAGUGACCUGCUCAGCUUGGGGGGUGCUGGAGCAGCGGUGGCUCUGGCAUGGGGGGGGGGGCGUGGGGGGGGGCUGGUCAGAUCUGCGUUGUGCUGCUUGGCUUUUGGAAGGGAGAGCACAUGCCCCGAGUGCCGCGUUCGUAGCUCAAGGCAUGCCAAGGGCUCUCCCCACAGCACCGCCGACAACCUUUGCCUGGAAAUGCAGCCGUUGGUUGACCCAAGUCAGCCUCCUCUGCAGCUGGCUUUCCUCGGGGGGGGGGUGCUCCUUGCAGGUGGGGGCUGGAGGCGCCUGCCCUUGGCCUUGGCCCUUCCCCUGCCUCCCUCCUUGUCUGGCUGUCGGAGGCCUCGGUUGUUCCUAAACUGAGCUGCUCUCGUUCUCCAAGCAGCCGUGGGAGGCAGAGCGGGCGAGCCUCCCCAGGGCUUGUGCCUGCUGCGAGAGCGGGUGCCGCCCUCAGACCAACCAGUUCAAAGUAGUGGCGUUGGCCUGUUUGCCAGGGAUGUCCAGGCAUGAGACUGUCCAGCGAGCAAGUGGCCGGAAGGCGCUGGAGCCCCGGCGCGCGCCAUCACGCCCGAACCUUGGAGGGCCGGCAAGCGCUGGGGCCGGGCCGGCUGCCCUUCCCC